CAUUGGCUUCACCCUAGCAGAUGCCCUAUAUUUACUGUAAUCCUGCAUUUGCGUAGUAUUUAUAUAUAUGUUUAUACUAUAAUAUCUAGAUGUUUAUCGAACAUAAAUUUCAGAUAUAUUUGUAAGUCAAACGUGUGUAUCAACGAAAUUAGUGACGAUUUUAUAGCUAAUAGAAAGUUGUUCAUUAUCCAUAUAGGUGAUAAACAAUUAUAUCACGGUAAAGGUUUCGAGAAACCUUCUGGCUGAAUCGAAGUCAUCGCUUUUGGAACACGAGGGACCAGCGUAGCCACUAGCGAAAAUGCAGACACACUAAAAAUCAUUGUUCCAAAGUGAUAGACUGUUUCCUUUUUAUAUCUGGAAGCAUUUUGGAGGUUAUAUGAAUAAUUGCUUACUUUAUAAUUAAUACUAAGUUCGCAUCGAUAGAACGAUGGUUGGAGAUUUUGCCAGAGAGUUGGAGAAAAGAUGUCAAGAAGAGCCUGACCAGGCUCCAAUUGUGCCUGCAGUGAGAAUGUUACUUAACUUUGUUAAGGACACCAACUAUGGCAGUGUGCAAGAACUCCAGACAAGUUUAGAUGACCUAUCCAAAGCGUUAGUAAGAUCAAGUUGUGCAACUAUCGGAGUUGAAAGUGCCUGCCAGUUAUUCAAAAGGUUCAUUACACUUACGCAGCUCGAUGUAGACCUCCAACAACUUAAACCAGCUCUCGUGGCUCGUGGGGAAGCAUUCUUGCAGAAGAUUUCCAAGGAUCGUCAGAAAGUUGCAUGCCUAGCAGCUCCGUUCAUCCUAAACGGACACAGACUGAUGGUACAUUCGCGUUCCCGAGUUGUUAGGGAUGCUCUUCUGGAAGCCGCGAAGAUACGCGCAAAUUUCAUGGUGUAUAUCACAUCAUCUGGCGGUGUAGACAACGCUGGCGCCCAGCUUGCUAAAGAACUUAAAGCAGCUGAAGCAGGUGCUGGUACAGUGGAGGUGAUGCUCAUAGCGGACUCGGCCGUUGGAUAUUACAUGGAAAGAACGGAUCUAGUACUCCUCGGAGCAGAAGGAAUUGUGGAGUCUGGAGGAAUUAUUAAUCGAAUCGGAACAUUCCCGAUUGCUUUGAUGGCUCGAAAGUUAAACGUUCCUGUGUUUGUCCUUGCGGAAAGUGUUAAAUGUAUACGGUUCUUUCCACUGGCUCAAAAGGACCUUGAGACACUGCCCAACGCCCUUAAGAAGGGCCAACCAUGCGUGGACUACACUUCGCCUGACCUCAUUCGACUGCUGAUUACUGAUUUGGGGACUUUGACACCAUCAGCUGUCAGUGACGAACUCAUCAAACUUUACCUUUAAAAAACUGCAGUGCGUUAUGCUACGCUAUAAAUGGCUAAAGAAGCAAAUUUACCUCAAUAUUCUAAGCUACAAAGAGGUGAUGUCAUUAUGUUCAGUGAUUUCUUCUAGCAAACGUACAGUUGUGUAAAUAAACGUAAAACAGUGUGC